CACAUCCCACAGCGCCGUUGCGGUGUCGCCUUCCAAUCGAAGGUCUCCCUUCUCUUUACCCGAGUGCGGCACCCGAGCUCGAGCGUCAAGGCUGAAGCGCUCCACGGGCCAAGAUGAGCUUCGAUUCAGGGUGCAUCUGCGGGGCCUCCAGUCUAGAAGAGGGGCAUCUCACUUCUCCUCUUUUCUUACAUUUUUACACUGAAACUGCAAUUGAGAAUGUCGUCCCCUAAAAGUAGUCCACCUUUCCGCGCCGAGCAUGUCGGCUCUCUUCUCAGACCACAGGAGCUUGUUCAGAAGCGAUACGAUGUAGCUGCUGGCAGAGCGCAGGCCGACGAGCUGGCUCCUUUGGAGAAGAAGGCAGUCGCAGAGGUCGUGAAGUUCCAGCAAGAUUGUGGCCUGAAGGUUGUCUCCAGCGGAGAGUACACCAGGCACAUGUUCUGGGGCACUUUCUUCGAGACCCUGAACGGUAUGAAGGAGCUUCAGCUUGGUGUGCUGAAGGGCUACGAUGCUGGCAUUUUCCGUCCCUACGCACCUGAUGUCAAGUCCUUCAUGGAAGCCAAGGAGGUCCCCAACCACGUCACUGUCUGCGUCGACAAGAUCAGCCACCCUGGAAAGUCGAGCAACCAGUACGAGGUCGAUCUCAUGAAGAGCCUGCUCCCUGAGAGCGAGUGGAAGAACAUCAAGAUCACCCUGAUCUCCCCCAGCUGGUACCACUUCCGUUACCUGAAUGGACGCAGCUUCCCCAAGGAGGUGUAUGCAGGCGACGAGGAAUACUUCGAGGAUGUGGCGAAGGCAUACCAAGAGGAGCUCAAGAUCCUGCACUCGCAGGGGAUCAGGAACAUCCAGAUCGAUGACCCCAACCUCGCGUACUUCUGCUCGAAGGACAUGUUGGAGGGCUGGGCUGCCGACAAGGAAAACGACAAGACCGCCGAUGAGAUGUUCGAUUCAUACGUGAAGUUCUACAACAAGUGUUUUGAGCGCCCCGCGGAUAUGCAUCUCGGCAUCCAUCUGUGCAGAGGCAACUACGUAGGCAGCCGUCACUUCUCAGAAGGCGCCUACGACAACAUCGCCAAAAAGCUGUUCCAGGAUCUCGACGUCGACACAUACUACCUCGAGUACGACACACCCCGCGCCGGAGGCUUCGAGCCGCUCGCGCAUCUCCCCAAGAACAAGAACGUCGUUCUCGGUGUGAUCACAUCCAAGUUCCCCGAGCUCGAGAGCAAGGAGGACAUGAUUGCUCGCGUCAACCAGGCGGCGGACUGGAUUGCAAAGGGCACCGGCCAGUCGCACGAGGAUGCUCUCCAGCAGUGCUGUGUCAGCCCGCAGUGCGGAUUCGCGUCGCACGCGGAGGGCAACUCGCUGGGCUACGAGGACAUGCGGAAGAAGCUGCAGCUCGUGAGGAGCAUUGCUGAUGCCGUAUGGCCCGGUCAGCCGUAGAAGAUCUCCUCAGGAGCUUUGUAGAAUUAGCAUGAUCAAAAGCGGAAAUUUGCUUCUACAAUGUACCCUUCUCGUCGUUCUUUCUUGAACAUGUAUACCAGACCUGACAGUGU